CCUGAAUUCUUCAGUCAGACCUCCAAGCUUCAAGGCAGCAUGGUGAUGAAUUUCACAAAAGGACCCACAUUAGCUUCUGGCAUUGGAGAAUCUGGGUAAGCAAGAUGGCAUCCAAGAUCCACUAGGAGCUGUUGAUAUGGGGGAAGAAGAGUAUUAAAAAAACCAAAGAAAAUACAGAGAAGGAUGAUGUGGUAAUUGAAGAAAAGCAAUUUCUUCCAUACAAGCAGAGAUAAGUAGUUACAGCUCUUCAGUCUGAAGAAAAGACAGCUGACUGGUAUGAGGAGUGCUGUAAUUUAUAUAAGACUAUGCCACAGUGAGUUGAGGUCGAGAAAGCAACAAUAAACUAAAUUCGUAGUCCAUCCUCAGCCUCUCUGGGUGACUGCAGAAGACAUAGAAUUGUGGCAUCACAGCAGAUUGGAAGUUGAGCAAGUUGAGGACUAUGUCUGAAUGUAUCCAGCUCUCAUUUGCUGUUUGUAGAAUUGGCAUUUACACGUGUUUUAGAGCACUUUGCUGCAAGGGACCGCCACCACCACGACCUGAGUAUGACUUGGUUUGCAUAGGCCUCUCUGGUUCUGGCAAGACAAGUCUUCUAUCUCAGCUCUGCAGCGAAAGCACAGAGAAUAUCGUGUCUACCACAGGUUUUAGUAUAAAAGCAGUGCCAUUCCAGAAUGCAAUUUUGAACGUAAAAGAACUUGGAGGAGCUGACAAUAUCAGAAAAUACUGGAGUCGUUACUACCAAGGAUCCCAAGGGGUAAUAUUUGUACUAGACAGCGCCUCCUCGGAAGAUGAUCUAGAAACUGCUAGGAAUGAGCUGCAUUCUGCUCUUCAGCACCCACAGUUAUGUACUUUGCCGUUUUUAAUACUGGCCAAUCACCAAGACAAGCCAGCAGCUCGCUCAGUACAAGAGAUAAAAAAAUAUUUUGAACUUGAGCCACUUGCACGUGGAAAGCGCUGGAUUCUUAAACCCUGCUCCUUGGAUGAUAUGGAAGCAGUAAAAGACAGCUUCUCCCUUCUAAUAAACUUGCUAGAAGAGAGAGACUUCGAACCUUCAAGAAUGUGAAAGCCAAGAGAAAGAAGAGGUUCCCACGCAUCACUGUACCUGCUCACUCUGUCACAGCUUAAUUGCAGCGUAGUAUCAAGGCUGAGCUGUGAUAUGUUGUUCAUACAGAGUUAAUGCAGAAUGUCCUUUGGUUAAAAUAAAUGUUCUGUGAAUCAGGUACACAGCUAUUUCCAGUAAAGUUGUCUACACUACUGAAGUAGAAAGUCCCUCUUUGUUUACCACUAUUUCUGCACACUGCAUGUUGCUUUCUUGCACCACGAUCAUCCUUGGUAGAAAAAUUUACAUGCACAAAAAUAAUACAGUCCAUAAAGGAGGAAUUCCACAUGUUACCUUGAAUUUUAAAAAUAAGUAAUGUCUAAAGAAUUUAUGAGUCUAAUUUAGCUUGUUUGUUGACCUCACAUUAUGGAAAAGCACAGCCACUAAGAAUCUUAAUAGGAUACCUAAAACACAAGCAGUUUCAUGUUAAUGCAAAGGUUAUUCCUGAGGUUUUAUUAAGUGAAAACAUAGUUGAGGUAGUGGACUCCACAAUGUAGUUGAGUGUCUUCUAAAGUCACUGCAAAACCCUGCCAGAGGCAGUAUGGUAUUUUCCUGGAAGUUUGCUGAAAAACAAAAUGAACAAACAGAUGUGCACAGAUAACAGUACUUGGGGAAAUCAGUUGACAUAAACAGGUGAUCUAAGUAAAAAGAUUUUUAGAAGUAUAUGAAAGAUUUUACAAAUAUACAGAAGUUGAAUAAAGUAAUAAUUUUCAUUGAAAGUAGUCUUCCGUAAGAAAAGUGGAGCAAAUAUUGGUUAGUUCAUCUGUGGAGGCUUUAUUACUAGUUAAAAGUAUAAGUGAUUCUUAAAUACUUCCUUUAUCACUCAUUUGUAGACUACUACUGUUAUUGUAACAUUGCCAAGGCAUCUAUCCAGUAAUUAAGGGUCUUCCAGUGUUUGUACUAUAAGGUUCUCUUUUCAAGGGGAUUAUAUCUUGUUCUUUCAAACUUCCUCUGGGCUAAAUGUUACUUAGAAGGCGAAAAAGUAGUCAUUGGAAACAACAUUUGUAAUACAUUUAGAAGAAGUUGAUUUGGGUCACGUAACACAGUCCACUUUUCCUCUUUCCUUGUUUUCCCCACUGUAGAUUUGCAGUAUUUUAGCUACCUUUUGUUGAUUUUUUAAAAAACUCAUAAACUUAUUUUGUCCAUUGAAGAAAUGUGCCAGACCACUGGUUGACAGUGACAACAGGGUAUGUGCAGAUCAGUCACUGGACUGGUGCAUGCCUUGAAUGCUGUGCCUUGUGCAUUCAGCUACCCUUGUGCAUGAGUGUCUGCAAACACAAACUCGAGUGAGGUGUCAUUAGUUCCUCAUCAGCUCUGCUUCUGUCUUGAAACACACAAUGCCUUGUUUUCAGGGCUUUAAGCAACAUCUCUUUCCACUCUGAGCAUUUAUCUUCUGUUUGAAGUUUAUUGUAGUUCCUUACUAGUUUAUUUGGGGAUAAGAAAAUAGAAAACAUCAGCUUUUGAAGGCUCAUAAAAGCCAUUUCUCUAUUAAUUGUAAUUUUGCUCUUUGUUAAACAAAAUGUUUCUCAUACGUAUUUUAGUUUACUUUUCAUUUGCCAUUAAUUUCUUGCAUUGCUCCCACUGUUGUAACUGCUUCCUAUUAUCAAAAAGAAGCUGGGAAAACUGGUAAACUCCUUGUUUAAUUUUGAAAUGGAAUAGGCAGGAAGCCUGAAGGGCAUGUCCUUGCUUUGUUUUGUGUUCUCUUUCCUGUCAGGUCAAUUGUCUCACUGCUAAUACUCUUGGAAACAACCAAGAACUGGAAUUGUUCAUUUUAAAGCACAGAGGAGCCCUGCUUUGAUUCAGUUCUCUCUGCACACUUUAGUCAGGACCCAGCUGCCCAUCAGUUUCUCUUGUGAGGGCUAAGGAGGUUCCCUUCCCUGGAUUUAAAGGAGAACUGAAUCUAAUUUACAUUUCCAAACUCCCUAAUUGCUGACAUGAGCUUAAAGGCUACAGAGUCCCCAGAUUUCCAUAAGGUCCCUAAAUUUCUGUUUUAUUUAGGCACAGUGAAAAAUAAGCAGGGAGGAGGAGUAGGAGCAUUAUUUCCAGAGAAAGCAGGCAGUUUGAGGAGGCAAAAUGAGGGAUUCCAAGCUUUUACUGCUUUUUCAUUGGCCAUUAGUUAGAAGAUGUAAAAUAACAUUUUUUUACUAUUUUCCCCUGCUUUUGUUUAGCUAUGGACCAAAAGGUACAGGAAAUGAAAAUAAGCCCAACUCUAUUGAAUUCUUGAAACUGUACUUAUUUCUACCACCAGUGAGUUUGUCUGGUCCAAAAACUUUACUGGCUCCAAGUUUUGAUUGUGAUCUCCCGGCUAUGCACUGUUUGAAGGUGCUACAUAACUUAACAUGGAAAUGCCCAAGAAGUCCUUGAUAAUGUGGUUUUGGAGAAUGCCAGUGACCAUUUAGACUAGAACCUUUUGAUACUUCAGUGUUUUUUCUUUAGGCAAAUGUCAACUGCACAGAAGCAGUGAUUUUAAUUUUCAGAAUUAUUUUGAGUAUGCUCUUUCUUACUAAUAUAGUGAUCAUUCCUCAUCACAGGUUGAAACAAUACCUCAUAACUGCUGAAGGCUAAGACCAACACUUAACUUUACUUUGAAUGUAGUACUUCUGUGGUUUUGUGUUGUAGAUGGACUUAAUGGAUGUGUACCUUUUAAAUGUCUAUAAACAACUUCACCUUUUUAUGAGGGGAUAACAAUGUUCAUAGCAGCUCAUGUCACACUUCCUUGUCUAUAGUGUUGUUGAAUGCUCUGGCUAUGGUAGAAUAUGUAAGCACCAUGCAGUUUUCAGAUAACCAAUCUUAACUGCUUUGGUUUUUUGUUUGUUUGUUUUAAUCUUUCCACAUGUGUUUGUCAUUUAGGUGGAAUAAACUUGGGCACUAGGCUCUA